AUGAGAGGUGGUGGUCACCUGACGAUCGACCUGAUAAGAACUAUUAACAGGGUAAAGUUCACAGGUUCACGAGAGCACACAUCGAACGUUCUUUCUGUAGCAACCAUGCCAAGUUACAAGCUAUACUACUUUAACUUGCGUGCCCGGGCUGAACCAAGUCGUCUCAUUUUAGCUGCGGCUGGUGUAGACUAUGAAGAUGUGAGAAUUAAGAGAGAAAAUUGGCCUGCAGAAAAAGCAAGUGGAAAAUUUCCAUUGGGUCAGAUGCCAUGUUUGGAGGUGGAUGGUGUCAUGCUUGCUCAGUCCAACGCUAUAGCUCGCUACCUUGCAAACGAGCAUGGCCUUGCUGGUAAAAAUAACAUGGAGAAAGCCCGCGCUGAUAUGAUAGUGGAUACCAUGGGAGAUCUUUCGCCGCACCUUGUCAAGAUAAUCAAAGAACAAGACGAAACUAAGAAAGACGAAUUGAAGAAGGAAUUCACCAGUAAAACAUUACCAGCAUGCAAUACAUCCCUGGAGAAACUUCUUAUCCAGAACAACGGAGGUGAUGGAUAUUUUGUUGGAAGCGAGCUAACAUGGGCCGACUUGGUAUUUGUGAACCACGUACAACGUCCCUUGCCAGGUCCCUCAUCAGUAGAUGCUUUCCCAAAGUUGAAAGCUCUGUACGAGAAAGUAAUCGCUUUGCCGAAAAUUUCAGAAUGGAUUGAAAAAAGACCAAAGACUGACAUAUAUGAAACUGUACUAACGCAUUCUGAUGACGUCAAUUGGGCAUUGCCGAUGUUCUGUGGUAUUGUCACUGGACCAGUCAUCCAGUUGUCAUCGGUCAGGUCGUACUCCGACAAGACAUUAUUACAAUUUUCGUCUCGUUUGUACGCGGUGACCAAACCAUUGGCUGCAUAUUGA